CAUUACCGCGCAUGCGCUAGUAGCGCUCAUGUAGAGACUUUGAAAUCGCCGUGCACCUUUGCUCUCCUCAGUUGUUCUCGAAUCCCCGGUUGAGAAGGUUAUAACGAUAACGUGCGUGUACGUUUCCAAUAUCAAUAGUCGAAUCCAUCUCAAUAAUAGAAAAUGGUAGCCGAAAAGUACGACAAGCUCGAGCCCGAGCUGAAGGAAGAAUUGAAAAGACUUGCCGAACAGAUUGUUGCUCCUGGAAAAGGAAUUCUCGCUGCUGACGAAUCUACGGCCACGAUCGGUAAACGUCUGAAGGAUAUCAAUGUUGAGAACAACGAGGACAAUCGAAGAGCAUACAGACAAUUACUUUUCACCGCGGCAAAGGACGUGAUUGGACAACAUAUCUCCGGUGUGAUUCUGUUCCACGAGACUUUAUACCAGAAGGCUGACGACGGUACACCAUUCGUCGAGCUCUUGAAACAACGUGGCAUCCUUCCCGGUAUCAAGGUCGACAAGGGUGUUGUACCACUCUUUGGUACCAAUGAUGAAUGUACGACUCAGGGACUUGAUGACCUCCAAGCACGUUGCAUCCAGUACAAGAAGGAUGGCUGUCAUUUCGCCAAGUGGAGAUGCGUUCUUAAGAUCAAGAAUGAUACGCCUAGCAAGCUCGCCAUCUUAGAAAAUGCGAAUGUUCUCGCUCGUUACGCUUCGAUCUGUCAGAGUGCAAGAAUCGUACCAAUUGUCGAACCCGAAAUCCUUCCUGACGGUGAUCACGAUCUUGCUCGUUGCCAACAGGUCACGGAAGAGGUUCUCUCUGCUGUUUACAAGGCGUUAGCCGAUCAUCACGUCUAUCUCGAGGGAACCCUCUUGAAACCAAACAUGGUGACACCGGGUCAAAGUUGUCCAACGAAGGCAACACCUCAACAAAUCGCAGGAGCGACUGUAACCGCGUUGCUGCGUACAGUUCCACCCGCAGUACCUGGUAUCACCUUCUUGAGUGGUGGACAAUCCGAAGAAGAAGCCUCCGUGAACUUGGACGCCAUCAAUAAGUUUCCAGUUAAAAAACCUUGGGCAUUGACCUUCAGCUACGGUCGGGCUCUUCAAGCCUCCGUUCUUCGUGCCUGGGCUGGCAAAAAUGAUCAAGUGUCCGCGGGACAGAACGAACUUAUCAAGAGGGCUAAGGCAAACGGUGCUGCUUGCCAAGGCAAAUACGUUGCUGGCAGUAUUUCUAGCAAAGCUGGUGACACUUCUCUAUACAUCAAAUCGCAUGUAUAUUAAAAUUGUUUUUCCUUAUUCUGUGUGAGGCUAUAUACUACUAUAACAGCCAACAGCGAAUCGGCACUUGGAAAAUACGCGGGAGGUGUCACAGGAGCUGCCGGCGAUGCUGCGCUCUUUGUAGCAAAUCACGCGUACUAGAAGAAAUGUUCAGUUAAUAAUAGUUUAGAAAUUCAGUUCAUCUGUCGAAUACGAUCAUCGUCGAUCAUUCUUUUGAGAAAUAGCGUAAAAGAAAAGAUCCAUUUAACAUUCUGAACAAAAAGGAUAAAAUAAUAAUAAUAAUAAUAAUAAAAUAAUAAUAAUAACAAUAAUAAUAAUAAUAAUAAUAAUAAUAAUAAUAAUAAUAAUAAUAAUAAUAAUAGUAACAAUAAUAAUAACGAAUCAGAGAAAUAAUAAUAACAAAUAAAGAAAGGGAAAAAAUGGAAGGAGAUCAUCGUCGAUGAUCGUUGCGAUCUUUUGCGAUAUUUUUCAUGAUGUUAACCUUCGAUUUUACAAAUUCACCGAUAAUUUCCUUCGCGAUUAAUAAAACUUCGUUUUUAAUCGUCUUUUUACUCCAUAAGUUUCAUAGAAAUAACCCUAAAAAGGUAUAUCAUAUGUAUGAAACAAACGCGUAAUUUCAUCGCAGAGAUUUUUCAAAUGUGAUUGCGCACAAUAACGCUAAGCAAAAAUAACGUUGAAAAUAUUAUCGAUCGUUCGUCAAUAAAAAAAAUAAAGAAAUAAAAAAACAAUGAAUUUCUCUGUACACGAUUUUCAUUCUGAACUUCGAAGGCGAGGAUGUUCGAGCAGAAGCGUAAAAAUAUUUUGAAGAUUAUUAAGAAAACCAAAGAAAAAGAAUAGAAAAAUAUGUAACAAACAUAUGUGCAAAUUUAUGAUGAAAAACAAAGUAAACAAAUUCGACGAUGACACGAAUUACACAUCCUACGCAUAAACGCAUACAAAUACGAAUACACAUUAUUAUAUACUGUAUUCUGUAAUACUAUGAUAUAUAUAUAUAUAUAUA